AUGUCGCGCCAUCCCGUGCCCCUGUCGUCGUACCAGGCGUCGUCCCGCGACAUGUACUGCCGCAGCAGUCGACCCGAAGACGCGUCCAAGCGCUAUCAAGACACACCGCCGCCUCUUGCUCGUGAACACUAUGGCAUGUACGCGUCUGUUGCCCAUACGCGGCAGCAGCCGCAUCGCUCGCAGCAGCACCGGUCCAGUACGAGCAGCGACAGUCGCAGUCACUCCGACUCUACCGCCAAGUCGGCCUCGUGGAAUGACACAGGGCGGUACACGCUGCAGCUGGUGGCCUAUCGGUCCAUUUACGUGCUCCAGGGCGCGUUCAUGGGCAUGUUGGGUCCUGCGCUGGUGUUUUUCUCGGAGCAAGCAACGAAAGCGUCAGGAGUGGCGACGCCAGUGUAUGGAUUCGGCCCCAUCUUUGCCGCCCACGGAGGCGCUGCACUCGUCAUGAGCUUCAUGAGCGACUUUGUGCUCACGUACUGUACGGAGAAGAAGUGGAUGAAGCAGCUGAUCGUUGCUCUGCUGCUCUGCAGCGGCACGUGGUACGCGUGUUUGACUUCAGUUGCUGUAGCCGCGGGCAACGUGGGCGUGGGGCUCUACUUUAUUGCCAAGGGAUUCUGGACGGCAUUGCUCAACAUUGCACUGAACCGCUGUUCUCUAUGGAUUGCGGGAGCAAAGAAUCCACAGAGGCGCAGCAUCAUCACGUCGAUGAAUAUCAACUACGGCUUUGGCUGCGUACUGGGUGCUAUUGGAGCGUUGGUGCUUACUAAGCUGGACAUCGACUUGGGCUAUGCAUUCUUUGGAUUAGCUAUCUUGACGGUGUUUCCGGCAGUGCUGGUCACGGUGCUACCUAGUCCGCACAAUUUUGAUGGACGCGACGAGCAUCAGACGCUGUUGUCGUCCGAGGACCCCACUCGCCGUGUCCCUGCGGUACCUAGUCCGAUCGUGGGAGGUGUGUUCUUGCACGCUAAACACGUCAGCGGCUCAAAGAACUGCAAUCCGGAUACCUACGAUUCGAAGAACAACUUUAUUAUCCUGCUCGUGACCAUCUCCGCCACUGUGCUUUUCGGAAUACAACUCGGUCUCGCAGCCUUUUUGUACGUUUACAUAGGCACGGUGUUAACGGGAGGCAAAAAGACCGUGCAAAGCGAGGCAUUGGGCUCCAAUAGCAGCGGCAGCAGCAGCAGCGUAGAGCUUGGUGACAGCCAACGCGCAUGGCAAUGCGCGAUUAUGGUGCUGUUUUGGGGAUCGCUGACGGUGUCAUAUGUGGUGCUUCCGAGGUUUCUGUUUCACGAUAAGAACCUCUACUCCAUCGUGGUUUGCACGGCGGUGUGCGGGGCAAGCUCGUUUGGUCUCCUGUUUGGCACUGAGGCAGGCCUCGCCACCUUUGCGGCGUGUCUCUUCUUGUUCUCGUCUGCUUUGGCUCCGCUCUUCACGCUCAGCAUUCACUGCUUGACUCGCGUGAUCAACGAGCAGCUGAUCACGCGCGUGUCAUCGCUCAUUGUGUUUGGCUGCGGUAUGGGCGAGGUGUUCAUUCCAGUGCUGAUGGGCUUCUUCAUGAGUGGUCAAAGCGGGCAGGCAAACGGAGCCGUUGCCGUGAGCUACAUCACCUUUAUUCUCGCGCUGACGCUCGUGGGAGUGAGCGGUGUGCUGCUUUGGAUGGUGAAAGCACGACUGAAAGAGCUGCCGGAGCCUAUUGACGAGCUCGAGGGCAACAGUGAAAUGGGUCGGAUGCGCGCAGCUCGAGCUAGCCAAGUUGUCCGGGAGGCCGUACACUUUUAA